AUGUUGUCGAGACGGCCCACCGGCCUUCGCGGCAGAAGCAGCUGCCGCACGGGACGGCCACUGUUGGCGUUGUUCUUGGCGGCCCUUCUCGUUGUUCUGUCGCCGGCGUCCGCCUUCCUCUCAUCAUCACCACCACGACCAUCCUCCUCCGCCUCCUCCUCCUCGCGAUCGGCGAAGCGCGCGGAGAGAUUGGCGCCGCUCCACGGCAUCAAGAGGAAGGUCAAGGUCGAGAUGGAGGAAAACUUCUCCGGGAAAGUAGUGGAGCCGGCAGGGGCGGCGACGAGCAUGUUCGGGAGCGACGCCAACGCGCUCUUCGACGUGAUCGAGAAGAACAAGAAGAAGGCCGCGGAAGCCGCCGCCGCCGCCGCCGCUGCCGCCGCAGAUGGCAACGGGGAUGACGAUGGCGAUGAAGAAGGGGCAGACGGUGGAGAUGCCGGUGUCGGGGACGGGGAGACGGCAUGAUAAGAGUCGUGCAUCAACGUUUGAACAUGAGAAUCAUACUGAGGCAGCAGCUGCGGUCAUGUAUGUAUUGAGAUAGAACUGCCUUGCUUUUGGUUGUUGGGCGUGUAGAACUGCUGCUCAUGGGGCGUAUAGAGUGUGUAGUCCGAGCCUGCCCCAUGAUUUGUAGGUUUUCCCUGUGUUGAAGCAAGAAAACGUGUUGUUUGCCUUGCCCCCUUUGAGGUCUAGUGUUGUGGCUUGCUUCCCUUCGGUGUGCACUGCUCUCAAGUGGCCUCUUUCGUUUCAUUCGUUGGUGUGGGUGUUGGUCGAGGAUGGUUUUCUUAUGGACGGGGCUCGAAACGUGUUGUGUCUGGAUGGCCUGCUUCUUCCACACGCCACCCAAAGUUGAAGGUUAAAUAACAAUUAUAAUUUCCGAUCAGCGGUGUAUCCACCAGGAUUUCCGGAUUGCACUCUCUGCGUUU